UUUCUUCCCAAUUUGUCAACGACUCUGCUCCUUCUCAAAAAUUGGCAAUCUUUCUUUGACCGGAGAUCCCUAACAAUCACAACCACUGCCCAUAAAUCUGUGUUUUUUCUCACAACUACCGAAACACACCGCUUUGGUUUUUUCUUCCCCUGAGAGUCCGCUUCACUGUAGCCAUAGCGCCAUGGGGAACACUUUAGGCGCCAGAAAAACUGCAAAGAUCAUGAAGAUAAACGGCGAGACAAUGAGGUUGAAGACGCCGGUGAAAGCCGGCGACGUUGUCAAGGACUAUCCCGGCUACGUCGUGCUGGAAUCCGAGGCCGUGAAGCACUUCGGCGUCCGAGCAAAGCCGCUGGAUCCUUGGCAGGAGCUGAAGCCCAAGCGGCUGUACUUUCUGGUGGAGCUGCCCAAGGUUUCGGACGAGAAGGCCCCGAGGAGAGUCCGGUCGGGGAUUCAAAUGAGCGCCAAGGACCGUCUCGAGAGCCUAAUGCUCGCGAGGAGGUCGGUUUCUGACCUCUCGGCGAUGAAGCCGGCGAGCAAUGCGGUCCGGGAGCCGAGGGGACAGUCGACCGUGGAGGAUGGGAAGAUGAGGUUGAAGAUGAGGCUGCCGAGGUCGGAGGUGGCGAGGUUAAUGGCGGAGAGCAAGGAUGAGGCUGACGCGGCGAAGAGGAUUCUGGAGCUUUGCAUGGCCAACGAGGCGGCCGCAGCAGGCGAGGAGGCGCCGUUGUCGGGGCAGCAACAGCCACAUUGGAAGGGCGGGCAUGAAAGAGUGGUAGUGAAGGACUUCAAGGCUCGUGAGAAGCGAGUGGGCUUUUUGCCUAUCAGCGAGGGAGAAAUAAAGCUGGCUGUAGCAUAGAGAAGAAGAAGAAGAAGAAGAAGAGAUGAUGAUCAGAAGUUUUGAAUAUGUGCAAUUAACUAAGCUGAAUCCACCUUCCUUGACGAGUUGUUCAGCUUUCUGAUCCACAAAUGUAGACAGUUUCAUGUGCGCUGCUUUUGUACAUGCAUGGAUGUGUCAACCGAAGUUGUUGCCAUGCUUGAUCGAUCAGAUAAAUAGUUAAAAAUAGCAUAGUAUAUUGUAAUGACAGAUUGUUAAUGCAUCUCCAUGCUCAACUCCUAUGCAAUCCAUUGCUUUUCGUCUUCUCAAA